AUGGAGUCCAACCUGCAAGGGACGUUCCUGCUGAACAACACGCCGCUGGCUCAGUUCUCGGAGAUGAAGGCCCCCGUGUGCCAGUACUCGGUGCAGAACUCCUUCUACAAGCUCAGCCCCCCGGGGCUGGGCCCACAGCUGGCCGCCGGGACCCCGCACGGCAUCACAGACAUCCUGAGCAGGCCCGUGGCCACGCCGAACAGCAGCCUGCUCUCCGGCUACCCCCACGUGGCGGGCUUCGGUGGACUGGGCUCCCAGGGCGUCUACUAUGGCCCCCAGGUGGGGAAUUUUUCCAAGGCUGGGAACGAGUACCCCACCCGGACCCGGAACUGCUGGGCGGACACGGGCCAGGACUGGCGAGGCGGGCGGCAGUGCAGCAACAGUGACGACCCCAUUGCUGACAGCAUCCACAAGAAAAAGCACACUCGGCCCACCUUCACGGGGCACCAGAUCUUUGCCCUGGAGAAGACCUUUGAGCAGACCAAGUACUUGGCUGGCCCUGAGAGGGCCCGGCUGGCGUACUCCCUGGGGAUGACCGAGUCGCAGGUCAAGCCACCUUGCUUCUGUGAGGGGCACCUGCCUGAGAAGAAAGCCAAUAGGAAGAAAAAGAUCUGA